UUAGAGACCUUGUUCUAUGUCUAUGUCACUUCUCUAUUUUCUCUGGUAUUAAUAACUGCUGUUAAAUUGAUUGGACAGACUUUAAUCCGUUCGCUGACAGUGAAGACGUCAACACAAUAUGCUGUAAUUACAACUUCCUAAUUUUUUUUGAAAUGUGUCUUGCCCACAAUGGAUACGCUAUACCACCAAACCAACAAAUUAAUCCAACAGACCCAGCAAACCUUUCAAUCGCUCGAACAAAGCGGUGCAAACGCCGUCGAAGUCGAAGUUGACAUCCAAGAAAAAAUUAAUGCAAUUAAUAGCAACUGUGAGAAACUCGAUGUCUACUUGUAUAAAGUUCCGAUUGAUCAAAGACCCAACGCCAAAAUGCGUUGCGAUCAGUUGAAGUACGACGCGAGACACCUCCAAGCUGCGUUGGCGGCGUCUCAGCAGAAGAGAGCGCGACGGGAGGCGGCGGCUAGCGAAAGGGAACAACUGCUGAGUCGCAGGUUUGCCCCCAAUCCCGACUUGACAACCAUCAACAUAGAUUAUGCGAUUCAGCACCAGAAUUCGCUGCAGAAUUCCCAUAAGGGCAUUGACGAGAUGUUGCACACAGGAGCUAAUGCGCUGGACUCUUUGAGGUCGCAGAGGUUGACUUUGAAGGGGGCGCACAGGAGGAUUAUGGACAUGGCGAACACGUUGGGGUUGAGUAAUCAUACCAUGAGGCUAAUUGAGAAGAGGGCGGUGGAGGAUAAGUUCGUUCUGAUACUGGGAAUCGUGAUUACGCUUGUUGUUAUUGUACUAGUGAUUAUUUAUUUUACUUAGCGGUGACACAUUCCCCUGUAUUUAAGCAAAGUUUAUAAAUGUUUCAAUACAAGAAUAUUUUCA